AUGGAGAGUGGUAAAAUACCUGAUAAUGCAAUCACAGCGUCAUCUAUUUACCCCCACGCCCAGUACAAUCCUAGCUAUGCAAGACUGAAAAAAGCAAGUUCGAGCUGCUCUUGGACACCUACUGGUCAAGGAAGAGUCGGCUCGUGGCUUCAGGUUGAUCUGGGAAAACUCACCACAGUGACAGGAAUAGCAACCCAGGGAACAUGCUAUGGGGCCAACGAAUGGACAACAUCGUACUCGAUUUCAUACAGCACUGAAGGCAAUACAUGGUCAUUUUACGUACAAUCAGGGAAUGUAGUAAAGGUAUGUCAGCGCAUCAAACAAAUGAAAUUUGAAUAUGUUGUUCUAUACGUAAAUAUCAGAAUUUUGCCGGCAUCUCACUCGAUUGAUAUAAUUGAUAUUGAAAUAAUUGAUACUGAUAAAAUAUUGAAACUUUAUCUGACUUUUUUAAUUAUUUAGGUUUUUCAAGCAAACGCCGACAAAAACUCCAUUGUUACUCACUCAUUUAAGAAUCCUAUUCAUGCUCGGUACAUGCGUGUGUUGCCAAAAUCUUGGAGCAGUUAUCCUACAAUGAGGCUCGAGUAUUACGGUUGUCCCUACUAG